GCAGGGGAUGCCUUCCUCCACAGCUCAAAUCCCCACUCCCCGUUUUCAGAGAAACUGUGAUGAGGACUAACCCAGCUUUUUUCUGCCUUCCACACUCUCAGAAAAGCUAAUGCAACUCGAGCAACCUCCACCGUCAGCACAAGUGUCGGGACUCCCUCAGGAUGCUGUCCAAGUGCCCGCACCGCGCACACAGAGAAGUGUCGGGCUGUGUGCUCGUCCUCUUCCUCUUCAUCAACUUCACUGAUGGCAGCUCUGGAAAAACCUCACAGAGCCAAGAUGAGAUGCAUGCCAUCCACAGCAACCAACUUGACCUGCGGGAGCUGGUGUUUAUCAUCCAGAGCCAGAGCAACUCCUUCCACGUCAGGCAGGCAGAAAGACGGCGAGCACAUUUGCUCCAGCAGGCACAAAGUCUCACAAAGAAACCACCGGUGGUUUUGCUUCUUCACAGUCUGUCAGAUAAUGACGGAGAUUGGAGCAUCCUCCCUCUGCUGCCUGAGUUCUCUCGCUCCUUUGUAAAAAACUCAUCCUGGCUGGUGUUCCUUGAAGAGGAAACUAACAUCAAGAUGCCUGCUUUUGUCAAAGUCCUGUCAAAAUUUGACAAAACUAAAGAGUGGUUUGUCGGAAAGCCGCUCUUUGAUAAGGAGUCGACCAUCAUCCAUCACUACGCCUUUGCAGAGAACCCUUCCAUCUUUAAAUACCCAGACUUUGCUGCUGCUUGGGCUUUAAGCAUGCCCUUGGUAGUUCGGCUGGCGAACAAAGUGAGAGAUGAGCCACUGAAGUCUGACUUCACCAUUGACCUGAAACAUGAGAUUGCUUUGUAUAUCUGGGACAGUGGGAAAGGACCCCAUCUCACUGCCGCACCGGAAUUGUGCACUGAGCCAGAGGACUCGCUGAAUGCCCAACACUGUGCCACCACUCUGAGCAAAGGGCCUACACAGUGCGGGGAGCCAGUGCAGAAAGAAGACAUAUUUGUUGCUGUGAAAACGUGUAGAAAGUUUCACAAUGAAAGAGUUCCAGUGAUAAAGAGGACCUGGGAAAAGGAUGCAGUUUUGUUAGAGUACUACAGCGACCACGCGGAUCCUUCCAUACCCACAAUUAAUUUAGGAGUGCCAAACACUGAAAGAGGCCACUGUGGGAAAACAUUUGCAAUCCUUCAAAGAUUUUUAAGCAGCCAUGUUCCAAACACUAAGUGGCUUCUUGUUGUGGACGAUGACACACUCAUCAGCCUACCCAGGCUUCAGGCAUUGCUGAGCUGUUACGACCCCUCAGAGCCAGUCUCUCUAGGAGAGAGGUACGGCUACGGCUUAAGCCAAGGCGGUUACAGCUACAUCACAGGAGGUGGAGGAACACAUUUCAUGUGCUGCAAAGGUUCGAACACAAAGAAAAUCUCACUCCGCUCUGCCAGUUUCUCCGACCUGACAUUUUUGAGAAAACGGUUGGCACCAGCACUGAGCAUGGUGUUCAGCAGAGAGGCUGUGGUCCGACUCCUCGACAGCGGCUGCAAGUGCUACAGCAAUGACGCGCCGGAUGAUAUGGUGCUUGGGAUGUGCUUCAAUGCUCUCGGGCUUCCCGUCACACACAGUCCCCUCUUCCACCAGGCGCGCCCAGAAGACUAUCCCACUGACCUCUUAGCCCACCAGGUCCCCAUCUCUUUCCAUAAACACUGGAACAUCAAUCCUGUCGCUGUUUUUAACAAGUGGCUGAGGGACAACGCCACGGAAAAGUCAUCACAUGAACUUGACAGGACCACAAAGACAGAGUUAUGAUGAUUAAAGUGUGUAAUUCUGUGUUCAUAUUUACAAAUAUAAAUUUUUUUUUUUAAUUGUAUUUCGUCUAACUGAUAAUGAAAUGAAACAAGACGGGGUUUUUCCUGACUGCACCACACUAAGAUGUUAAAAAGCAAAUAUAAGUUGUAUUUAUUUAUAUCACAUGUCCAAUUUGAGUCUUUUUAUCUGGGACAUUUUUUGUCAAAGAAUUGCGACUAAUGUUGUCCGUUGUGUUGCCCUUUUUUUUUUUGUCUGUGAUGUUUUUCUAUUCACUUCCAUUUAAUCAUCACCUAUGAGGUGCCUAAAGAUCAACUGGGACUACGAUGGAAGUAUGGAAGACCAAUAUUUGUGAAAUUUCAGAGUUUUAAAGCAUGUUGAUGGUUAAAAAUUAAAAAAAUAUUUCCAAAAGUAAUUUAUUUGAAGGCAUUGUUGGUUAGGUGGUUUAGAUAAAAGCCUUAUUUUAUUCUAACCUCAACAGUCUUUUUUGUUUUUUUUCAUUGCUUAAAUCAUUUGGUUUCACUGAGUGACUUUAACCUCACAAGCACUGAGGGAAAAAUCUUUAAUUCAUGGACAUACUUCCUGAAGAAACAUUACACUGUGGUCUGCGGCAAAAAGAGGUCCCAUGAACAUCAGCUCCCCUUUUUCAUUUCUCUAUUUUCUCGCUCUCAGAUAAUUAAUUGUCAAGCUUAGUAAUUUGCUGACCAUUAUUGGAAAUCAUUCCAAGGCUUCAAGCAUUAGAAUGAGAAUAAAACAUUUUUCAUUUGGACUUUUGCCAUCCUAAAAAUGUAA